UGAAAGGAGGGAAUAGUAUAUAUGUGUCUAAGGACUUGAGUGGAUUGGCGUUUCACAACCCCAUACCCCUGUAAAAUAAUAGACCUUCAUCGAUUGUUUUUCUUUUCAGUUGAAAAUCAAAUGUGAUCAGUAUUAUACACCUGUAAAAUAAAUAAAGGUGUAUAAAAAUACACCGAAGCCAAGAGGGGCCUAAUUUACAAUCACCAACACAAAUUUACAGGUGCUGGGUACGCGACCAGGGCUGAGUGUGGCGCAAAGUCUGUAUGAUGGUUGCGCAAUCGAUCAGUUGUAGACGGUCUCCUUUAUGUUAGCACGGGUAUUUUGAUACAUAACUGGAUAUCACGGGACAACUUCAAACGGCCUAUUAUCUCUCUGGUACCUAACCUUUCGGACAUGGUUGUUCAGCUCAUAGAGAUCACGACUGCCUCCUAGAACGAAAACCGGUUAGGAAGGUCUUUACACAUUUUGAUAUGGAUGAGAUCCUCAAGAUACCGGUGUGUACGCGAAGAGUAUCAGAUUUUUGGACUUGGCAUGAGGAAAGCAAGGGGAUAUUCAUUGUCCGGUCGGCAUAUCAAAUGAUCUUGCACACUAAACUUGGUAGAGAUGGUUGGAUUGAUGAGCAGUCUCACACGUCGGUGAAUCACUUGAAGAACAAUCGGUGGACAUCUAUUUGACACAUCAAGGUUCUCUCAAAACUUCGGGUGUUACGUUUGGAGAUAGGCAAGAUAAUCCAUCCCAUGCGGGGUUUUGCUGCAGCACCGGAAUAUGGCGAUAAUCCACACAUGUGCUCUCUGUAGCGCUCGGGAUAUAUGGCGACAUGCACUACUAUUCUGCCCUAUGGCAGACAAUGUUUGGGUGCUAGCACCUGAUCCUAUAGUGGAGGUAAUGAAUGCUCACAUGGAGGAUAGCGUCAAAGAUAGGAUCUUUGCCUUACAUGAGAUAUUGGUUGAAGAUGAUUUUGUUCGACUAGUGGUAACUCUAUGGGCAAUCUGGGGAGCAAGGAGGAAAGUAAUUCACGAGGAUAGUCGUCGGCAACAGUACACGGCUUCAUCAAUUCUUAUCUAAGGAAGUUGACGAAGAUCAAGGUAAAAACUGCAUCUGUUCCUGCCAGCACUACUCCACAAAAUAUGUCACAUUGAAUUUCGCCCGUCCCUGGUUAUGCAAAAUUCAAUGCUGAUGGAGCGGUUUUCAGGCAUGUUUUUGGGUCUAUCGGUGUGAUUUCUAGGAAUCAAGAAGGCACUUUUCUGGAAGCCUCGACAUUUGUUUUCAGGUUUAUCUCAGAUCCAUCGACCCUGGAAGCUUUGGCGCUGACGAAGAACCUAUACAUACAGAGUAUCCAGGUCGGCUCGGAUUGCAAGGUAGUGAUCGAUGAUAUUCAAAAGCGUAGCUCGGCCAGCUAUGAUGCGAUAGUUCAAGAGAUCAUAGAUCUUUUGGUUUCUUUUACUUCAUGUAAUUUUGUUUAUGAACAUAUGAGUAUAAAUUUUGAAGCUUACAAUUUAACUAAGCAUGCUCUUAUCCUCGGUAAUGGCCGUCAUAUUUGGUUAGAUCAUCUGAAAAAUCUUUCAUCGGUUACGUAAAUAUUAUGACGAAUUAAUAAAGCUUGAUGAAAUGGUCUUAAGAAAAGAUAGCAAGAUUUUGGCUCACCCUGGCCUGUCAAGAACAACUGCGCAGGGUGUGUGUGGAGACUGGAGUGGGGAACAAUGGCGCUCGAAUCCGGCGGCGCCGCCGCCGCGAAGAGACCGCAGCCACCGGCAGAAGACGGCGAGACCGGCCAGCACGACCACCUCUCGGCGCUACCGGAGCCGCUGCAGCUGCGCAUCCUCUCCUUCCUCCCGCUCAGGUCCGCCAUCCUCGCCUCGUCCCUCUCCCGCUCCUGGCGCGGCCUCUGGGCGCGCCGCUGGGAGGACGACGGGAACCCCUCCGCCUCCCUCCACCACCACCUCCGCCCCUACGCCUCCCCAUCUUCCAACAAGCUCCUCGAGUCCCUCGAGCUGCGCCAGUCCCAGGGCCGGCGCGGGCGGAUCGACCGCUACUCCCUCGUCGUCCACAUCCUCGCGAUGCGCGCCCGCGUGCUCGGCCGCUACCUCGCCGCCGCCGCCGGAUGCGGCGUCGAGGACCUCCGCGUCGAGCUGCGGACGAGUCCCGACACGCCCCUCCUCUUCCCCUUCCCGGCGGCGGCUGGCCCCGCCCUCGCGCGCCUCUCGCUGCGGGGCAUCUGGGUCUCCGGCCUCCACAGCAGGACCGCCCGGCCGUCCGCCGCCCUCGAGGCCGUCCUCCUCCACUCCGUCCGCCUCGAUGACCGGGAUUUGGCGAGGAUGCUGGCGCUGUGCCCCCGCCUCCGCGUCCUCGGCCUCCACUCCUGCACGGGCAUCAGUCGAGUCGCCGUGACGGCGGCGAUGGGGCUCACCAGCCUCAGGAGCGUCACCAUCGUAGACUGCAACUACCUCACUGCGGUGGACUUCGCGGCGGUUCCUAGCGUCCGGUCGUUCCGCUACAGCGGCGGUUUCUUCUCGUCGUUCUAUCUCCCUGGCGACGCAUUGUUCGCCGACCUCGACAUCCGUUUCGGCGUCCAGAAAAGCCGCAAUGUCCUCAUCUGCCAAAAGGUGUUCAGUGACUAA